CACAGCUUCAAUACCCGACAAUUAAAAUUUGUGUAAAGAUGACAGUCCCAGAAAAAGAUCAUUGGUCUUCACAGGCAUACCAGAAUUCAGCUUCUUUUGUGCCGAAAUUAGCGACCAAGGUUCUUCAGUGGUUAGAUGUUCAAAAAGAUGAUAUAAUCCUGGAUGUGGGCUGCGGUGAUGGAGUCCUCAACCUCCAAAUCGCCCAAACUCUUGCCCAAGGCACAGGCAAAAUUCAUGGCGUCGACUCUUCCGCAUCUAUGAUCUCCACCGCUCAGAAAGCAGCCUCUGCAGAUCCAGCGGCUUCCAAAACCUGUACAUUCGAAGUUAUCGACGCCACUGCUCUCCUCUCAGAGCCAGAACUCCAACAAGGCAGCUUCGACAAAACCUUCAGCAACGCAGCCAUGCACUGGAUCCUGCGUCCCGAAUCCAAGCGCAAGCACUUCUUUCUUGGAGUUCGUAACUCCCUUAGAUCGGGAGGCAACUUUGUCUUUGAGAUGGGGGGAAUGGGCAACGUUGCUGAAAUGCGGACAGCGCUCCUCUCAGUCAUCGGUCGAAGGGUUGGCCUGGAAAAAGUGAGAGAGAUUGAUCCUUGGUUCUUCCCGGACGAGAUUUGGAUGACGAAGAUGUUGGAAGAGGAGGUUGGAGGUUGGAAGGUGGAGAGAAUAGAGAGGGAAUAUAGACCUACGAAAGCCGACCAGGGAGGUAUUGAGGGUUGGGUGAGAUUGAUGGGGAAGCAGUUUUUUGACGCGGUUGGUGACGGAGAGGAGAGGCUGGAGUGUGAGAGGGAAGUUUGUGAAGUUUUGAAAACGGUUUGUGAGAGUCCCGGAGGCGGAGAAUGGAUUGGGUAUGUGAGGUUGAGGGCCGUGGUUAAGAAGCUUUGA